GGUCUUGUAACAAAAUUGACAGAUGAUCAAAAAUAUGGAAUGAUUGAAGCAAUUGCUCACCUAAUUCAUCGAGACUAUGAUGCUAUUGUUAAAGAUUUUGUGAAACUUGGUUUUAUUCCAGAAGGGGUAAAUUUGGAUCCAAUAUUACCUGUUUUAGCCAAAGUAUUUGAUCAAGCCCUUGAAGGUGGAGGAGCAAAAAAUAUCAACUUUCAAGAAUUAGCAUCUGAUUUAGCACAAAUAACAUUCGAUUAUCCAUUUCGCAUUCCUCCUUAUUUUGCUCUUAUAAUUAGAGCAAUUGGAGUUCUUGAGGGUAUUGCUUUAGUAGGGGAUCCAGAAUUCGCCAUUGUUGAUGAAGCAUAUCCUUAUAUUGCACAGAGGCUACUUACUGAUGAAUCACCACGUUUAAGGAGUGCUUUGCGAUACACUGUAUAUGGAAAAGCUGGAGUUUUUGAUGCUGAAAGAUUUAUUGAUGUGAUGCAAGCUUUUGAGAGUUUUAUAACAGCUGCCAAAAGUGGUGGAGGGGAGGAUCUAAAUGGUGACAUGGCAGAACUUGGACUCCUACAAAAUCAGACAAAUUUCACAUUCCCAAGGUUUCAAUCAGCUGCAUCUCAGGAACAACAACCUAUUCAAACACGAGCAGCUUUAGCAUUUCUAUUAUCCGACAAAGGGAAUUUCUUCCGAGAAUUCCUCUUAGAUGAGAUAGUGAAAGGCAUUGAUGCUGUUACUAGAGAGCAAUUGGUCCAAGUCAUGUCAGUAUUAGGACUCCAAAAUCCCACCCCAAUUUUCAGCAUGGUUCCUACCUUUGUAAACAUCAGGCCAACUGGCUUAAUUCCUUAUAUAACAGAAGAGGACAAAAUCAUACUCAACAAUGUUCAAAAAAUCAUUGAAUUCCUAACCUCUUCAGAUUCAAGACCUCGAUCAUCUGAUCAGGGUUUAGAUGUGAAUCGUAUAAUUCAAGAGCUUAUUCCAAUAAUGCCUGGCUUAUCAGCCAAAGUGCUACCAGAAGUGCUAACCAGGCUAUCUUCUAGAGUUAUGGCGCGUUUGAUUCGGGAUACGUUUUUGUAAAUAAAGUCCACCAACAUGGCCCACUGAAAUACGUGCAUAUAUACAUAUAGGAAUUGUUUGUGAAACUUGUAUAAGUUGAUACCUGAGAUCGAUUUCUUUGCAAGUUGUAUACAAAAGUCGACUCGGAAAAUGGAUAGAUGUAAAGUAAGAAAAAAGAAAAGUAGAAGAGAGAUGAAGUACUUUUUCUAGUCCUCUAUCUGUAAUACAACACAUUCUAAUGUGUAAAUUUAUUCAAAAAUCCUUUUCCAAGAA